AUGAGUUCCCAGACGGCGGUUUUCACCGGGACGGAAGGCAGUUAUCUUUUGCCUCACCAUGUCACCGAGGCGGAUCGCCUCCAACGUCAGCAUCGCCAUUUUACAGUUGCCUCGAAUCAUACCUAUUUUGGGUUCCCUCUGCCACCGCCAACAGGGCGCCCAUUGCGUGUCCUCGAUAGUGGGUGUGCGGACGGGGUCUGGUUGCACGACAUGGCGCAGCGGUAUCCGGAACAUUCUUGGGAUCUGCACGGCGUCGAUAUCGCGUCCCAUUUAUUCAAUGACAGCGUAGAUAUUGACUUUCGCUACCACGACAUACGACAGCCUUUCCCGUCGGACUGGCAGUGGGAUGGCUCUUUUGAUAUUAUUCAUCAGAGGUUGCUAGUAUGGGCCCUGAAAAAGGAGGAGUGGCCUCAGGUUGUACGAAAUUUGAAAGCAUUAUUAAAGCCUGGUGGUACUAUCCAGUUCGUCGAGUGUCAAUGGCUGCGCCCAGAGUACUGGGACACUCACCCACAGCAGCGUCUACUGGGGUUGGUGCAGAUAUGGGCGACAGAGGGAAACGGUAUGGACAUCCAUCUCGCUGAUAAACUAGAGCCGCUGCUGGAGGAGCUCGGGUUCGAAGAUGUGACGACGGUCCGAUACCCUCUACCAUAUGGUGCUAAGGUCGAAGACCCUGCCAACCGCGAUAAAUCGGCAGAGCUGUGGGUAGAGAGCUUCCGCCAUUUGGCGAGGCUGAUGGGUGAUGAGGGGAUUCCAGGCGUCGCGAAGACUCCAGAAGAAUAUUUCGCUUUUUUGGACCGGCUGGUGGUGGAGAUGAAAGAAAAGGGCUACGUACCGGAGCUGCGCAUGGUGUCUGGUCGGAAGGCGUAG